GGAGAGAUAGCUGAAGUUGGUCAGAAGAGGAAGUUAUCGAAUGAUAAUCAGGGAGCCUCGACUAGCGGAGGCGAUCAUAAUAGAGAUCAUCAAUCUUGGAAGAAUAAAAAGCAUCAUAACAACAACAGCCUCAACAACGGCCCUUUCAACCAUCAGAGUCAAAUUUUUAACAGAAAUCGAAUGCCGAUGCAAGGACCUGGAAUAGGGCCAUUAGGACACAUGAUGCCGCCUAUGGAUUUAGCGAUGAUGUUUCCUGAAGGAGUACCUCCAGACUUUUUCGAGUUGAUGCGGCAACAAGAUCCUACAUUAUUUAUGGAUCCAACGUUCCUUGCAAACGGAGGAAUGCCUCCUUAUAUGGUACCUGGGUUCAUACCUCCAUUUGGAGAAUUUGGAGGAAUGCAAGGACCAGGUGGUCAAGGGGCACCAGGGUUGCCAGGAAUGCAAGGAGGGCCGGAAAUGUGGGGAAUGGGCCGUGGUAUGCCAGGGCUACCGCCUAUGGGGCCUGGACUCCCUCCGCCACGGAUUGGGUUUAGUGAUGGGCCUAGUGCUGGCCGUGGUCGUGGUCGUGGAAACUGGCAGGAUCAUGGUAACAAUGCCAGAGGGCCAGGACAACAACAACAGCAGCACCAGCAUCAACAACAGCAUUUUAAUCAAGGGCCUCAACGUACGGGUGGAGCUGUUAGUGGUAGUAAUAGUGCUGUUGGAAAGCCAGAAAGUACUCUGAACGCGAAACAAACCAACGAAAGCAACGGGCCAUCAAGGCGAUCAGCGUCCGUUGAGGUUUCGCAAAACCGGAAUAGUGUGCCUCCGAGCACACACCGUAACUCUGUCUCAAGUGGAAACGGGCGAUAUGAUGAUGAUGACAUCGACAUGAGUAAAGUCCCUACUGGGCCUCGUGCAUCAAGAAGAUUAUCAUUUGAUGAAGAAGAAGACAUCCCUACAGGGCCACGCGCCGGACCAGAUGGCCGUGGCUCUUCAGGUAGAGGAUCAGAGUCUCCACCAAGAGCUCCACUUGCGGACAGGAUCAGGAACAGAUCUGGAAGUAGGGCUAGGAGCGAUAAGAUGGAGCACAGCAGCAGUGACCACGAUUAUAGCCGUCAGCGAGAUAGGCGAGAGAGCAGAAGUAGGUCUGACCGAGACCGAGACCGAGACCGAGACCGAGACCGAGACCGAGACAGUGGUAGAGAUAGAGAGAAAGAGCGAGACAGAGAUAGAGAGAGAGAAAAAGAAAAAGAAAAAGAAAGAGAUCGUGCUCGUGACCGAGAACGUGAUCGCGGACGUGAUCGUGAUUAUGAUAAGGAGAGCAAAGAGCGAGAGCGAGAUCGUGAGCGAGAUCGAGAUUCUCGUCGUAAAGAUAGUAGUCGUGACAGAAACGACGAUCGCUCGCGGUCAUCACGAUAUGAGAAGGAUAGGGAUAAUAGACGUGAUGACAAGCGAAAUGACUGGAGGGAUGAGCGACGUAAUGGUGGGGAUGAUAGAGAUCGUCGCGGAGGAUCAUCAUCCCAUCGUCAUCAUUCUGAACGCAAUGAUUUAUCGGACCGUGGUAGUAAUAGCAAUUACCACCAAAAGGAUCAUGAAUCUGAUUCUGAACAGCAGCAGCAACAAGGACGGCAAGCACACGAGUCCUCAUCUAGAGCUUCAUCAAUUACGUCAACGUCAAGACGGGGCAACUCUCAGCGCGAAUAUGAAAGGAAGAAAUCAGGUAUCUCUUCUAGUGCGAAAUCAAGGAAUAGUGGUGAUGGGAGCAACUUUGGUCAAGAAGAGGAGAUUAUCUCCUUCAAAGCACGAGCACCAGUAGCUUCUGCGACAGUGGACACGUCGCGGGGUUACGAUAGGAACAACAGCCGUAGUAACAAUAGCAAUACUCGAAGUAGCUAUAACGGACGUCGUGGCUAUGGCCGUGAUGACGAUGAAGAUGAAGAUCGGGAUGAUGACAUGGGUUCAUAUGGCGGAAGCAGCGGAUUCGGAAGAAAUGAGUCGAAGGAAGGGCCGGCUGCUAUGGAUCUACCUAUCACAGGGCUGAUCAGUAGUAGUGCACGGGAGCGGGAACGGCGGGAGAGAGAGCGACGUAGCGGUAUGCGCGAUUAGAUAUGAUUCUACAUAAACGCUGAAGAACAAAAC